AUGCCAACAACAACAGCAAUAGCAACAGAUUCAUCAGAUACACCACACUCCUCCAACCAAGACGUCUCACUCACAAUCUCCCACUCCCGCCCCUCCUCGUUCAGAUGUUCCUGGCGCACACUGCUCAAUCUCCCGCGCCGCGUAUUUGCUCCACCGGCGAUCCCUUCUGCGCCCAGGUUUAAAGUGCGUUCCUGUGCAGCGACGCCGCUCGAUGCUGUCACGCUCGAGAGCAUUCUCAACGACAGCUACCUCCCGCCACUGACUCUCGUCGAUUUCCAAGACUACCUCGUCUUCAGCGAGAACAGCGUCGAGAAUCUCUUUUACCUGCGCUGGUUGGCACAUUACGCGUCGUUGCACGAGAAAUUGAAUUCUAUAAGCAAUAACAAUGGCAUUAACAACAACAACAACAACCAACGUAGCAGCAGCGAUGCGGCAGAAGUGAUCGAUGAAAUGUCUCAGCAAUACCAGCGUUCUCUUUCUACUUUCAUCCUCCCUGGCAGCGCAUACGAGCUCAAUCUGCCAUCAAAGCUUAUCCAGGAACUGCUUAUGAUUGCUCCACAGCAGUAUGUAGAUGUCGGUGAUCUCACAUCAACGCAUAGACACGCCGUUCUCCCUCCCCCAGCUGACGCUGUGCCUCUUGUGCAGUGCAAACAUGCUGUUGUGCAGAUGUUGCGCGGCAGCGCACGCAAAUUCUCAGCCAAAUCCCCAGCUAAUGGAGGACGCAAGCGUGGCUGGUUUGCGCUCUUUGUUGGUGUUCUUUUUGGUCUCUUUGGUCUGCUUAUCGUGCUCGUUGCGCGUCUUUAUCAGAAGGGCGACGGCGGUAGACGCACUGCUGGUGCUUCUAUCCCAUUCUUUUGGUUCGGCGUCGCUACUUUUGUGAUGGGAUUGCAUGGCAUAUGCAUCGUCGUCUUCAUGUUCGGUGACGCGCGUCAACUACAUCCAAUAGAGCUCGCGAUGGCGCCUUCGACGCUUUAUCAUACUAGCAGUGGUAGUGGUAGUGCUAAAACUCACACAUCCGACGAAAGAACGCUUGGCGUCGGCGCUGAUGCAUAUGGACUUAAUACCAAACGUUCAAAUACCACGACAUCGCAUCGCAGCAAUUCCGACGACAAUACAUCGCAAACAUCGCACACAUACACUACUCCGAACAAUGCAGAACGCGGUAGUGACAAGAUAAACAAGGUAGACAAAUGCGACGAAUAUGACACAACAUUUUACCACGAAGACGCUCUGAAAAGUGCUAAUACGCGCAUGAAACGCAAAUUUGAACAGGUGCCGCCCGUGACGACGACAGCGACUUACGUACCUUACAUCGAUACGCCAUUCGUGCCAAACAAGCCUGGAUACUUGAAACGAUUUGGUACGGUGACUCGCCACACUCAACCAAAGAGUGCAGGUGUGCGUGGUGUGUUUGAACCACUGACGAGCGUUGACGAACCCAUCGUCAGUCGCGUGCAGUUACAGGUGUUCUACUUGGCUGUCGUGUGGGCUACUAUUCUGGCUGCUGUAGGGGGUACGCUUGCCAUCGUGCUUUAG